AUGGAUUACGACCUCGCUCAAACCCUCGCUGCACUGCAGGAAGGUAACCAAGUCUACAAUGCCACUCCUCUACCCAUGUCAAGCGGGCUUUCUCUGCCUUUGAUGAAGACUGCUUCGCUAAAGUAUUUCGAACGUUUAUGCGGCCGCAACUGGAAGUCGCUAUCCAAGCUUGGAGACCCUGGACUGCGAAGGACCUCAGCAUCCUCGAAAGGGUUCAAAGGUGCGUAACGAAACUUGUGACAGGACAGGGUUCACUACCAUAUGCAACGCGGUUAGCUAACCUUGAUAUUUUUUCCUUGAGUUACAGGCAGUCACGGGGUGACCUGA